AUGCUUCUGUUCAGAUCCAACGAUGCCGCCAAAUUGAGAAAAUCGCUUCCGAAAUUGCUCGCCAAAAUUUUCGUCAAAUACGCGCCGGAAAAGACGUCAAACAAAAAAUUCCGCCAGAAUCUCAAAACCCUUCUGAAGCGAUGCGCCAAAAUUGGCGUGGCGUCAUUCUUCACCGAAUUCUGGCGGAUCGCCAACGAGUUGCCGGAAUCUCGCCUCGGCGCGAUGACCUAUUUGAUAUGUAUGGUGGAACAUCUCGAGAGCCGCGUUUCGAUAAACGGCGACGACGAUGAAGCGAUGGUCGAGGCGUUCUGCAAAAUGGCGUCGAUCGACGCCGACGAGGCGCUGAAGCAUUGCCUCCUCAAAUUGUUGGCGAAAAUCAAUGAUAGGUGUACUGCGGUGAAGCCACGCGAGUGGAUAAUUCAAAUGAGUACAGGCAACUGUCAGGACCUACUGCUUCGCGCCAAUCUCCUCGAAUUCCUUCUCAACGUGCGCAGAUGUUCACUUCGAGCGAAAAACUCGUACCUCGAAGAGGAUCUGUUCAUAUUACCGCGGUGUUUUCCGACGUUCGUCGAUCCAAUUCUCUCAUCGGCCGACACGCAAUUCAUCGAGAAGCUCGAAUUUUACGAGUUAUGCGCCAACGCUCUAUGGAUGUGUCUGACGAGCAAAACCUACUCGAGCUAUCACUACAAAUGGGCGGUUCAGCUUCAUCGAAUCCAUUUGUUGGACCACAGCGAUGGUCCGAGUUUCGUUGAGAAGUUCAUCGUCGAUCAUCUCAUGUCCGAUGACAAGAAAAUCGUCGCGAGAGCCCACGAGACAUUCGACACAUAUUUUCAAAGUCUGAAUUCGCGAACGAACGUCAUCAGACCGCUCAACUCGGUCUACAUGCUUCUUCCCGAAAUGUCGCCUAAUAGUUCGUUGUAA